CUCGACGUCCCUUCUGCCCUGCCGCGAAAGGACCGUGCAAUUGACGACGCUGAAGAGAUGCGAUCCCAGGGUAACAUGUCCGAUCGCCUUACCAUCGAAGUCGACUGUUCCAACGAGUGCCCCUCUAUGGGCUCUAGCUUUUCGCCGUCCGAUUCCGGCACUCCUACCCCGACCAGCGUAUACAGCCACGGAUCCCUCGCCUCGCCCACUUGGCACGAAGGCAUGUCCUUCCCCAACCAGGCCUACGGGCGACACACUGGAUCGACCCCCAUGCGCAGCGCCUUUCGGUUGGCGAGCAUGACAUCGAACGACGGCAUGGGUAUGCCGUACGGAAGCAUGGAGGCACAAGAGCGGAUGCCAAUGGCCGACUUCCUCUCGGGAUACGACGACAACGUGGAGCCGCUCUGGAUGCCCGAAGGACCCAAGACAUACGAUCACGGUGUUCAAGGCUUCCAGUACCCGCAGCCCAUGCACCAGUAUCCGACAAUGGCCCGGCACGAUAGUUAUCGCCAGCAUUCUGCGCCAUACCUGCCGGAGUCUGCGACAAACCCAUGCCUGUCGCGGUCAAUCUUCCAUCAGUCCGAGAGAAUCCCUAGCUCAAUGUCGAUGAGCAACAUGAUCCCUUGGAUGGCGCCGCAAGGUGAUUCGAUUGCCCCGCAGACCAUUGCGCCGUCGCAGGUCACUCCCGUCACUCCCCCGCCAUCAUACUCCGAGUUCCCUGCCCUCGGAGGCUUCAAAGCACACCCACCCACAACCCCAGCACGGUCUUGCUCCAUGGGCACCGCUUCUGGGACCGAUACUCCCAUGAGCCGUCUGUCAGGAGGCAUGGACUACCUCGACGACUUCGGGGAGUCCCCAGUCUACCGCGAUGGCCUCGUCCGAGUACAGCGUCAACCCUCGAGAAAGACUGCCCGGAAGCAGUCGUCCAAGCAGAGCUUGAGCCUCGAGAACCUGCCCUCGAUCAUCAAGCAAGUGCAGUUCAAGUGCAAGGAGCCUGGGUGCAAGGGGCGCUUCAAGCGGCAAGAACACCUCAAGAGACACAUGAAGAGCCACUCCAAGGAGAAGCCGCAUGUGUGCUGGGUGCCUGCGUGCCACCGGGCGUUCUCGCGGAGCGACAACCUCAACGCGCAUUACACGAAGACCCACAGCAAGCGCGGUGGCCGAAAUCGUUAUGUCGCGACACUGGACGAGAACAGCCCCGAUUACAAUCCGGAGUUCCGCGGGCAAUUGACCCCUGACGGGCGACCGGUUUACAACUCCAAACUCGAAGACUCGAUCUACGACGCCCGUGAAACAAGCGAGGAAGUGUUGUAG